AUGCGUUUCACUAUCGCCUCCGUUGCCAUCAUGGCUGGUGCUGUCGCCGCUGUUCCUCAGUACAGCGUCCAGCCCAUCUCCCAGAUCUCCGACGGUCAGAUCCAGGCUCCUCCUGCCACCAGCGCUGUCGGUUCCGCUGUCCCUCUCCCAUCGCCUACCGACGUCUCCGUCCCCGCUGGUGUCACCACUGCCCUCUCCUCCGCUGUUGGCGACAUCACAUCUACUGUCGCCGCUACUGAGUCCGUCACCUCUGUCGUUGUUGUCCCCACUGCUACCCCCAUUGCUCCCAGCGGCUCCCUGGUCACCCCCAUCGUUGGCGGAAACUCCACUGCCUCUGCCACUGGCUCCGCUGCCGUCUCUGCGUCAACCUCCUCAUCUGAGGAGUCCGCCACCUCUGGUGCCGGCAGCAGCUCCACCGAGAGCCCUUCCGCCCCCGAGUCCACUGGUGCCGCCGCCGGCAACAUGGUCUCCUUCGGUGGCCUCGUCUUCGCCAUCGGUGCCGCUGUCUUCGCAUAA